AUGCAGGUCACAACCCGUACCCCGGUCGUGCUCACGUUCUCAACGGGGCACACACGGGGCAUGGUCCUCGGCGACACGUCGUCGCGUCACGCUCUCUGUGUCGAAGCGCGCUUCCGACUCGGCGCGCAGGAGCUCGUGCAUUUUGAAGCGGUGCACGCGCCGACCGAGACCAUGACACUAUUUCACGAGUCGCUCGUCUAUAUAGUCUCGGAGAAGCGGUAUCUUCGGGGGAUGACGUGGCGGCGUGGGAUGACGUGGGCGGACGCGCCGUCGGAAAAGGCAAUGUUUGUGUUGCGCAAGACCACGAGGACGCCAUUGCACUUGCACGAGACGGUGCACCUCCAGAGCUACAAGUGGCCCAACUCCUUUGUGGCGUUUGCGCCGUCGCCUCCGUCGGCCCUCUGGAGCCUCGGGUCGCUCCGGCUCACGUCCACCUUGCCGCCCAUAGCGAUCUCGGCCGAGCUGCCCAAAGCGCUGCAGGUACGCUACCGCUGUGGCCGCGUGCCGCAUGUGGUGCCACUGGUCUUUGUGUCGGUGGACGCGUGCCCUCGUCGUCGGUCGCCGCCGCCUAUCGCGGAAGCCAUCGACUCGCCCACGAGUGAAGGCGACGACCUUGGUUGA